UCCGUCACCAUGGCCCCAGGGAGCUAUAAAUCCCCCCAGCGCUCCUCUUCACACGCUCAGAGCGACCCGAUGUCUGCAGGACAUGCUCGACCUCCGUCUCUCCCUGUUUCUGUGCUGAUCCAAAUCAUCCUCACUCUCGCAUAGAUGCAUCAUUGGUCCUCCUGACGAAAAGCAGCGUCUCUAUGACAAACGCCAGCGGCCUCCAGCAGCAGAUGUGGCGGAAGAAACUAAAAGCUGUCGCUUAGCAACACGUCAGACUGUGCCUGCAGAGGCUUGGCCUUAGCUUAGAUCUCAAGAAGUUGUGAACUUUUAAAAUCAUUUUUUUAACGCUUUCUUCAUAGUUCGUUCUCUCUUUUGUCACUUGUUUAUUUCUAAAAUCAGUGAACUUUGUGAAGUGUGCCAAGAGACUCUAAAGGGAAAUCUUAUAUUUGUUCAGUUAGUUCCCUUUUAGAGUUCAAAGAGGGUCCUUUCUUCUCUCUCUUUGGUUGCCCUUUUCACCCCUCCCACCCCCCUGCUGAGGAGUGUCCGAUUGUCCGAUCACCAUGUGGGAGUUCCGGUCCAUGCUGUUUUGGCGGGCGGUCUUCGCCGAGUUCUACGGCACCAUGUUCUUCGUGUUCUUCGGGAUGGGCGCGGCCCUCCGCUGGACAACCGCCCCUCACAACGUCCUGUACGUGGCCUUCUGCUUCGGGCUGGCGGCCGCCACGCUCAUCCAGUCCAUGGGCCACAUCAGCGGCGGCCACAUCAACCCGGCCGUCACCUUCGCCUACCUGAUCGGCUCGCAGAUGUCCCUGUUCCGCGCCGUCUUCUACAUCGCGGCGCAGAUGCUGGGCGCCCUGGCCGGGGCCGCUGUGCUCUACGGGGUCACGCCGAACAACAUGCGGGGAACCAUGGGCCUUAAUACGGUGCAGCCUGGGAUCAGCCAGGGAAUGGCCACCACCAUGGAGAUCUUCCUCACCCUGCAGCUCGUCGUCUGCAUCUUCGCCGUGACGGACGAGAGGCGCAACGGGCGCAUGGGCUCCGCCGCCCUCUCCAUCGGGUUCUCCGUCAUGCUGGGUCACCUGCUUGGGAUGUACUACACUGGAGCCGGAAUGAAUCCCGCCAGAUCAUUCGCUCCCGCCGUGCUCGUUAGAAACUUUGUCAACCACUGGGUCUACUGGGUGGGGCCCAUGAUUGGAGGAGCCAUGGGGGCGUUGCUGUAUGACUUCAUGCUGUUCCCGCGCAUGCGCGGUCUGUCCGAGAGACUGGCCACCCUGAAGGGGAGCCGCCCCCCUGAGAGAGAGAACCAGCAGGACACCCGGGGCGAGCCAUCCGAGCUCAAGACCCAGGCCCUGUAACCUCACACUGCCACGCCCGACCCUGCACACGAGAAACCCGCACACACGCACGCACACACACACACACACACACACACAUACACUCAUGUGCGUGCACACGCACAGCCACUGAAACUGUGCCAUGUCCUCACCGAACAUACUGAAAUAGGAGCAACAGGCACUCGAGAAUCACUCUACCACCCUCCCACCCCCACACCCCUCGCUCCCGCUCCACCCCUGGGACCACAGGACAGAA